AUGGUAUCAUACAUUAAAGGACCAGUUUUAAAAGCAUUAGCACAUUUUGGCAAAGUAAACCCACCAUUAGUAAGAGCAUAUGUACCAGAUUUAAUGAUUUGGGGUGGUUCUGCAUUAGCUAUUGUUGCUACUUUUACUGAAGGUUGGCCAUUAUUUCAACAAACUUUUUAUCAAAAAAUUCCUUAUUUUGGUCAACAUUGGAUUCACAAUCCUGAUCCUGAAGAAGUACCUGUUUAA